AUGUCCUUCGAGGAUCUGCUGCAGCCGUCCUACAAGGGGAAAUCUCUGACGGAUCCCAUAAACACCGCCGAGGAUAAGUGGAACUUGCUUCCAGCUUUUCUUCAGGUGAAAGGAUUGGUGAAACAGCAUCUUGACUCGUUCAAUUUCUUUGUGGACACAGAUCUGAAGAAGAUCAUUCAAGCCAACGAAAAGGUGCUGAGUGAUGUUGAUCCGGAGUUCUAUCUGAAAUAUCUAGAUAUUCGAGUUGGCUACAAGAGCGGAGGGAACCCGAAUGAGACUGAGGUUCUCCUUCCACCUCACGAAUGUAGACUCCGUGAUCUGACUUAUAGUGCCCCCAUCUACGUGGAUGUCGAGUACACCAGAGGGCGGAAAAUCAUCAUCCACAGAGAUCUUGAGAUUGGGCGCAUGCCCAUCAUGUUGCGGUCAAAUAAGUGCAUAUUGAACGGCAAAAAUGAGGCCCAAAUGGCGUACCUCAACGAAUGCCCUUUGGAUCCUGGAGGAUAUUUCAUUGUCAACGGUACAGAGAAGGUCAUUUUGGUCCAGGAGCAAUUAAGCAAGAACAGAAUCAUUGUUGAAGCCGACGAAAAGAAGAACAUUGUGCAGGCUUCCGUCACUUCCUCUACGCACGAGAGAAAAUCCAAAACCUAUGUGGUGACGAAAAACGAUAAAAUAUACCUCAAACACAACUCCAUUAGCGAGGAAAUACCGAUCGUGAUUGUCUUGAAGGCGGCUGGUCUUGUCUCGGACCUGGAGAUUUUGCAACUGGUGUGCGGUAACGAUUCGGUGUACCAAGAUCUCUUCGCUGUGAACUUCGAAGAAGCAGCCAAGUUGGGAAUAUAUUCUCAGAAAGAGGCUCUUGAGUACAUUGGACGUAAAGUGAAAACCAUCAGAAGACUCAAUGCUCCUAAGCUCAGCAUUCUUCAAGAAGGUAUCGAGGCUAUUGCUACCACCGUCAUCGCGCACAUCACUGUUGAGAAUCUCGAUUUCAAAGAAAAAGCCCUGUAUAUAGCCAUAAUGACGCGCAGAGUGAUUAUGGCAAUGCACAAUCCAAAACUAGUUGACGAUAGAGAUUAUGUGGGUAACAAGCGGUUGGAGUUGGCAGGACAACUGAUGUCUCUGUUGUUUGAGGAUCUAUUCAAAAAAUUCAAUAAUGACUUCAAGGCCAAUCUGGAUAAAAUCCUCAAGAAACCAAGCCGUGUUUCUGAAUUUGACGCUUUGCUCCACAUCAAUAUCCACUCCAGCAACAUUACCACGGGGCUGAAUAGGGCAAUCUCUACAGGUAACUGGUCGCUCAAGAGAUUCAAGAUGGAAAGGGCCGGUGUUACCCAUGUUUUGAGUCGGUUGUCGUACAUUUCAGCCCUGGGUAUGAUGACACGAAUUUCGUCCCAGUUCGAAAAAUCCAGAAAAGUGUCUGGACCCCGUGCUUUGCAGCCAUCUCAGUUUGGUAUGCUCUGUACCUCUGACACUCCUGAAGGAGAAGCUUGUGGACUGGUGAAGAACCUAGCAUUGAUGACUCACAUCACUACUGACGACGAAGAAGACCCUAUCAAGAAACUUUGCUACAUUCUUGGUGCAGAAGACAUUUCAGUUAUAGAUAGCUCUACUCUGCAUAACAACGGGACUUUUGGUGUGCACUUGAACGGUACUCUCAUCGGUACUACCAGAUUCCCCAACGUGUUUGUGUCCAAAUUUAGACAUCUGAGAAGAACUGGCAAGCUCUCUGCUUUUGUUUCUAUCUUUACCAACGUCCAUCAGUCGGCGGUCCACAUUGCUGCUGAUGGUGGCAGAAUUUGCAGACCGCUCAUCAUUGUGGAAAAUGGCAAAGCAAAAGUCACCGCAGAGCAUCUCAAACGUCUCCGCGAUGGAGAGUGGUCCUUUGACGAUUUCCUCACCAACGGGCUUGUUGAAUAUCUGGACGUUAACGAGGAAAACGACUCUCUUAUUGCGCUAUACGAAAGAGACAUCACGGGCAGCACUACACAUUUGGAGAUCGAGCCUUUCACUGUUCUUGGUGCUGUGGCCGGUUUAAUUCCAUAUCCUCACCAUAAUCAAUCGCCAAGAAACACAUAUCAAUGUGCGAUGGGUAAGCAGGCAAUUGGAGCGAUCGCCUAUAACCAGUUCCGUCGGAUUGAUACCUUAUUGUAUUUGAUGUGUUACCCCCAACAGCCAAUGGUGAAAACCAAGACGAUCGAACUGAUCGACUACGACAAGCUGCCGGCCGGUCAGAAUGCUACCGUUGCCGUUAUGUCGUACUCGGGUUACGAUAUUGAGGACGCAUUGGUGCUCAAUAAAGCUUCGAUCGAUAGGGGAUUUGGUCGCUGUCAAGUGCUGCGGAAGACGACUGCUGUGCUAAAGCGAUACCCCAACCACUCAAAGGAUAUUCUGGCGGGAAUGAGAGUGAAAGAGGACGGAAAGCCAAUAUUCCAACAUGAAGCUUUAGGCCCAGACGGAUUGGCCGAAGUCGGCGUUGAAGUGCAGAGCGGACAAACAUACAUCAAUAAAUGUGUUCCAACAAAUGCAACCGAGAGCGUUGUUGGAGGACAACCUACCAUCAACCAACAGCAACAGCAUAGAGAAACUCCCGUCAACUACCGUGCCCCCGUCUCUAGUGUUGUUGAUCAAGUGAUGAUGUCUGUGAGCGACAAUGACCAGGCACUGAUCAAGGUGUUACUGAGACAGACCAGACGUCCCGAGCUCGGCGACAAAUUUUCGUCUCGUCACGGACAAAAAGGUGUGUGUGGUAUCAUCGUUCAGCAGGAAGACAUGCCUUUUAACGACGACGGAAUCAGUCCAGAUAUAAUCAUGAAUCCACACGGUUUUCCAUCUAGAAUGACGGUUGGCAAAAUGCUGGAGCUAGUUUCUGGCAAAGCAGGAGUUCUGGAUGGGUCCUUACAAUACGGAACUUGCUUUGGCGGUUCGAAGCUGGAAGAUAUGUCGCAGAUCCUCAUCGACAAAGGAUUUAACUACAGCGGGAAAGACAUGCUCUACAGCGGAAUCACGGGAGAAGCGUUGCAAGCGUACAUCUUUUUUGGUCCGAUCUAUUAUCAGAAACUGAAGCAUAUGGUGCUGGAUAAAAUGCAUGCCAGAGCCAGAGGUCCUCGUGCUGUGCUGACAAGACAGCCUACAGAAGGUCGUUCCAGAGAUGGUGGAUUACGUUUGGGAGAGAUGGAAAGAGAUUGCGUGAUCGCGUAUGGUGCGUCGCAGCUGUUACUGGAGCGUUUGAUGUUGAGUUCGGAUGCGUUUGACGUCGACGUCUGCAACUCUUGUGGACUGAUGGGUUACAACAGUUGGUGUCCAUCAUGUAAGACAAGCGAGGGAGUGGUCAAAAUGACGAUUCCAUAUGCUGCAAAAUUGCUGUUCCAAGAGCUGAUUUCGAUGAAUAUCGCACCAAGACUGAAAAUGGCUGACGUUUUCUAG